AUGUUCCGUCAACAAAUCGCCCGCCAGGCCCGCCUGUUUAGCACCACUCCAGUCGCACGCAAAAGCCCCGUAGAAACGAUCAAGGAUGCUGCAAAGGCCGUCGACAGGACAAUCUCAGGUGCAGCCGUAAAAGGCAUUGAGAAGGGCGAGGAAGUCGCUGGCGCCGUCAAGGAAGCCAUCCCCGAGACCAAGGGCGAGGCCAAGGGCCAGGCCAACGAGAUGGCAGGAGCCGCAAAGGGAAAGGCAGCAGAACUCAAGGGCGAGGCCAAGGCCAAGGCGAACGAGCUCCAGGGCGAGGCCAACAAGAAGAUGUGA